CUCACGCCUCCCUCCCCCGCGCGCCUGCGCAGCACUCUUCAAAGCCGAAGGUUGCUCUUGGAGGAAGUGGCUGCUUUGGUUCCUUAGCCGGACCGCCGUUACCACUUUUCGAACCUCUUGUCUCCCGCUUGCCGGGACUCUCUGCCGCCAGGAUGCCUCGAAUUAUGAUCAAAGGAGGCGUGUGGAGAAACACCGAGGAUGAAAUUCUGAAAGCAGCGGUAAUGAAAUAUGGGAAAAACCAGUGGUCUAGGAUCGCCUCUCUGCUGCAUAGGAAAUCAGCAAAGCAGUGCAAAGCCAGAUGGUAUGAGUGGCUGGAUCCAAGCAUUAAAAAGACAGAAUGGUCCAGAGAAGAGGAGGAAAAACUCUUACACAUGGCUAAAUUGAUGCCAACUCAGUGGCGGACCAUCUGUCCAAUCAUCGGAAGAACAGCAGCCCAGUGCUUGGAGCACUAUGAGUUUCUCCUUGACAGAACUGCCCAAAGAGACAAUGAAGAGGAAACCACAGAUGAUCCACGAAAACUUAAACCUGGAGAAAUAGAUCCAAAUCCAGAGACAAAGCCAGCACGGCCUGAUCCAAUUGAUAUGGACGAGGAUGAACUUGAGAUGCUUUCUGAAGCUAGAGCACGCCUGGCUAAUACCCAGGGGAAGAAGGCCAAAAGGAAAGCAAGAGAGAAACAGUUGGAAGAAGCAAGGCGUCUUGCUGCCCUCCAAAAACGAAGAGAACUUCGAGCAGCUGGCAUAGAAAUUCAAAAGAAAAGAAAAAAGAAGAGAGGAGUUGAUUAUAAUGCUGAAAUCCCAUUUGAAAAGAAGCCUGCCCUUGGCUUUUAUGACACCUCUGAGGAAAACUACCAGGCCCUGGAUGCAGAUUUCAGGAAAUUAAGGCAGCAGGACCUCGAUGGAGAGCUGAGAUCUGAAAAAGAAGGAAGAGAUAGAAAAAAAGAUAAACAGCAUUUGAAACGGAAAAAAGAAUCUGAUUUACCAUCAGCUAUUCUCCAAACUAGUGGUGUUUCUGAAUUUACUAAAAAGAGAAGCAAACUAGUACUUCCCGCUCCUCAGAUUUCAGAUGCAGAACUCCAGGAAGUGGUAAAAGUGGGCCAAGCAAGUGAAAUCGCCCGGCAAACGGCCGAGGAGUCUGGCAUCACAAACUCCGCUUCCAGUACGCUCCUGUCUGAGUACAAUGUCACCAACAGCAGCAUCGCCCUUAGGACCCCUCGGACACCGGCUUCCCAGGACAGAAUCCUGCAGGAAGCUCAGAACCUCAUGGCCUUGACCAAUGUGGACACUCCGUUAAAAGGAGGACUCAACACCCCAUUGCACGAGAGCGACUUCUCAGGCGUGACUCCACAGCGGCAAGUUGUUCAGACCCCAAACACAGUUCUCUCUACCCCGUUCAGGACUCCUUCUAAUGGAGCAGAAGGGCUGACUCCCCGGAGUGGAACAACCCCCAAACCAGUGGUUAACUCUACCCCGGGCAGAACUCCUCUUAGAGAUAAGUUAAACAUUAAUCCUGAGGAUGGGAUGGCAGACUACAAUGAUCCCUCUUAUGUGAAGCAGAUGGAAAGAGAAUCUCGUGAACAUCUUCGUUUAGGGUUGAUGGGCCUUCCUGCACCCAAGAACGAUUUUGAAAUUGUUCUGCCAGAAAAUGCUGAGAAGGAGCUGGAAGAACGUGAAGUAGAUGAUGCGUACAUCGAGGAUGCUGCCGACGUGGACGCCCGAAAGCAGGCCAUACGUGAGGCAGAACGUGUGAAGGAAAUGAAACGAAUGCACAAAGCUGUCCAGAAAGAUUUGCCAAGACCAUCCGAAGUAAAUGAAACUAUUCUAAGACCAUUAAAUGUAGAGCCACCUCUAACAGAUUUACAGAAAAGUGAAGAACUAAUCAAAAAAGAAAUGAUUACAAUGCUUCAUUAUGACCUUCUACAUCACCCCUACGAACCUUCUGGAAAUAAGAAAGCAAAAACUGUAGGAUUUGGUACCAAUAGCUCAGAGCACAUCACCUAUCUGGAACAUAAUCCCUAUGAAAAGUUCUCCAAAGAAGAGCUGAAAAAGGCCCAGGACAUUCUGGUGCAGGAGAUGGAAGUGGUCAAGCAAGGAAUGAGUCAUGGAGAACUCUCCAGUGAAGCCUAUAACCAGGUGUGGGAAGAAUGCUACAGUCAAGUUUUGUAUCUUCCUGGGCAGAGCCGCUACACACGGGCCAACCUAGCUAGCAAAAAGGACAGAAUCGAAUCGCUUGAAAAGAGGCUGGAGAUAAACAGGGGUCACAUGACGACAGAAGCCAAGAGAGCUGCAAAGAUGGAAAAGAAGAUGAAAAUUUUGCUUGGAGGAUACCAGUCUCGUGCCAUGGGGCUCAUGAAGCAGCUGAAUGACCUGUGGGACCAAAUUGAGCAGGCACACUUGGAGCUACGCACUUUUGAAGAACUCAAGAAACAUGAAGACUCUGCCAUUCCCCGGAGGCUGGAGUGUCUAAAAGAAGAUGUGCAAAGACAGCAGGAAAGAGAAAAGGAGCUGCAGCAGAGAUACGCUGAUUUGGUGGUGGAGAAGGAGACUUUAGAGUCAAAAUUCUGAAGUGCAGUCUCUGUUCUGUCGCAGGGCAAAUUAACUGCUGGGUUUCUUCCUCACACAGCUGAUGCUGAUGGUUAUCUUUGUGACAAACUGACCCACUGUCUGUGGUUUUUUGGUUGUUUAUUUUAAAUGAUCUUGAUCAUACACAUCCUGUGUUAAAGACAUCUAACUCCAAAGGACAGAUGAGGGUUUAAAUUAUUAAGGUGAUCAUUCUUUCAACAGUGUCAUAUUUGCAAGAUUUUUUAGUUUUGGUUUUUAAUUUAAAAAGCCUGACUCUAUAAAGUACUCCCUGUGACUAAAGCCUUGAAUAAAAACAAAAUAUAACAAUUAAGAAUGUAGCCUUUUGUUUGAAGUGCGUAGAUGAUUAGUGUCCACAAACCAGGCACUGUGUGCUCUGUCACUUUGUGAGUCACUCUGGGGUGAUCGUGGAUGAUCAGUGUCUGGUGGCCUCUGUGGCUUCAGCACAGAGCAGUCAUCCCUCGGCCCCAAGAUAGAUUCAUCUUGUGAGACCUUUUCAGUAUUAACUGUAGGAAGGGCCUUUUCUCUGCUGGUGACUUACACGCUUUCUGAAUUACAAUUUAAGAGACAUAAUCUUUUUUACAGCACUUUUUUUGUGCUGUUAAAUUUUUUUUGUUUUUUGACAAAGGUAAAGGUAUUUCACCAAGGUCAUCAAACUUCUUAGUAUAACAAGACAGUCAGAGGGCCAGGGAUUUAGCUCAUGGGGACUGUACUGCCUCACAAGCGCAAGGUCUUGAAUUCCAUCACUGGUACUAAAAAAAAUUACACAAGUACAGACUUUGGAAAGUGAGUGGAAGUGGAGAGAUUAGUUUUAUAACAAUUCAUAUAAAAUAAUUCAGUACCAUGUCAGCUUCUUCCAAGCUCAUGAUGGGCCGAUGAUAUGUUGGAUUCAACCAAAAAGUCUGGCCAGUUUCAAAAUAUUAGAGACUAAAGGGAGAGAGUUAGGAUUAACUCAUUCACACACCAGUAUUUAUUGGAUAAAUACCCUGUGCCAAUGUCUUGGAGAUAGGGCAGUGAAUCAAAUGGGCUUGCUUCCUGUGUUGUGGGGUUUAUAGUUUGUUGAGAAUGACAAUUAAAAUCCAAACACUUAGUGUUGGAGAUGAGCAUUCAUAAGACAGGACCCUAUCAGAACAUUCUAAACAAAGGAAUGCAGUAGCCAGUUGGUUCUGGUGAUUUCUCCUGGGUGUUCUAGGAAAUACAUUGAUAUUUCUUAUGCUAUUUCUUCUAAUAGUUCUAUUAAAUUUUCAUUGCAUGUUUUGUAGGCUUGUGUCUGAAACCAUAGUAGAUAAUGCUGAUGGUAGAUCUUGUUUUGUUUCUGGUUUUAAUGGAAAUGUGCAUCGUGUUUUUCUUCUAAAUUGGCUGUUUUGAGUUAUCUAGAAAAGUAGUAUCUGUUUUUAGUUCUUAAAGACUUUGAAUUAGAAAUGGCUCUGGAAUAUUGUCAGUAUACCUUUAGGGCAUCUGUUAUGAUGAUAUAGUUUUUCCUGGUUGAUGUGUUGGUAACUUACAUUAAUAGAUUUUCCAGCAUUAAACCAUCACUGGAACCAGGUAUAUAUAUAUUUUUUUUAAUUAAAAGAUUUACAGGGUUUUUAAUUUUUGCGUUUUGUGUAGACUUGAAUUGUAUAGGCUUAAAAUAAUUGAUCUACAAAUAUUAAUAAAGACACUUUGUUCUCAAAAA